GUGACCGACAUAGAGAAAUCUGUGCUCAUCAACAACUUUGAGAAGAGAGGAUGGAUCCAAGUGACCGACACCGAAGACUGGAACUUUUAUUGGCAAGACAGCAGUUUUUUUUGAUAAAUUAUAAGCAUCUGCACACUAAAAGGAAAAGCCCACCCUGAAACACAAAAUAUAUUCAUAUUGAAAUAUCUGCGAUAGUGACUCUGCUGCUCAUUUGUCGGUUGGUGCUGUAUUUUUGUUAUUCCAGUGAGAGGUUAGCAGUUACGUAGUUAUGGGGGGGGGCUGGGGGGUAUAUAAAUGGUAAAUUGUCUGCACUUAUAUAGUGCUUUUAUCCAAAGUGCUUUACGCUGUGUCUCAUUCACCCAUACACUCACACCAGUGGUAGCAGAGGUGCCAUGCAAGGUGCUAACUUGCCAUCGAGAGCAACUUGGAGUUCAGUGUCUUGCCCAAGGACACUUCAGUAUGUGGAGUCAUGUGGGCCAGGAAUCGAACCGCCAACCCUACGAUUAGUGGACAACCCGCACUACCACCUGAACCACAGCCACCCACUAAAUAAAAAUCAGCAAUCUAGAACAUAAGGGAUAAUAAACUGAUUUAUUUGUUAGUUCCUAAAAGGAAAAACACCAGCGCUUCUGUUCUCACUCACCAUUUUCCAGCAAUGAUCAAUGUCGUAUUAACGAGAAAUCCUCCAUAGAAAUAGUCGAGACAGCAAGUAUUGGACUCAAAGUUUGUGAUCUUUGAGAUGAUGGAGGCAUGUUGGUGGAGGUAUUAGCUUUGGAACCUGAUCUGUUUGAGCAGAGAUUACAGAUGAGGAAUCUGUAAAGUGCUGCCGCAUCGCUCUCUUUAAGUGUACAUGAACUAGGGGCUAAUUCCUACUGGUGUCACUAUCAACAGAUCAUUUAACUCAGAAUUUCAUCAUAAAAUAAAUAUUGUGCUGAAAAUGACAUUGAUUAUAAAUAUUGAUGUACAAGUUGUUCACAGUGGAGUUUUCCUUUAAGCUGAUUUGCAUCAUCAAAUGCAAUUUUUUAUUUAUUUUUUUGUGUAUUUUUUCUCCUAUAAAGCUCAUCUUUGUCAUGAUUGAAUGUGUCGUCUGCAGGAUGAGCAUCCAGACUAUUCGUAAUGUGUUCAGCGUAGACACACGAUACCGCCUAUCUGAUGAUCAAAUGGUUAACCACUUCCCAAACCACUAUGAGCUGACGAGAAAGGAUCUAAUGAUCAAGAACAUUAAGCGCUACAGGAAGGAGUUGGAAAAGGAGAGCAGCCCUCUUGCUGAGAAAGAUGAAAAUGGGAAAUAUGUCUACCUGGAUUUUGUGCCAGUGACGUUCAUGCUCCCUGCGGACUACAAUCUUUUUGUAGAAGAAUUCCGUAAGAGUCCGUCCAGCACGUGGAUUAUGAAGCCUUGCGGCAAGGCUCAGGGGAAAGGCAUCUUCCUUAUCAAUAAACUCUCUCAGAUCAAGAAAUGGUCACGGGACAGCCGCACUUCCACCUUCAUGGCAGCUAACAGUGGAAAGGAGGCAUAUGUGAUCUCACUGUAUAUCGAUAAUCCGUUGUUGAUUGGUGGGAAAAAGUUUGAUUUGCGUCUGUAUGUUUUGGUCUCAACCUACCGGCCUCUAAAGUGUUACAUGUAUAAACUUGGCUUUUGUCGGUUUUGCACGGUUAAGUACACCCCCAGUACUAGUGAACUGGACAACAUGUUUGUGCAUCUGACAAAUGUGGCAAUCCAGAAACAUGGGGAUGAUUAUAACCCUGUUCAUGGAGGUAAAUGGACAGUCAAUAACCUGCGUCUGUAUCUAGAAAGCACCAGAGGAAAGGAAGUCACUAACCAUCUCUUUGACCAGAUCCACUGGAUUGUGGUACACUCCCUCAAAGCUGUGGCUCCUGUUAUGAUCAACGACAAACACUGCUUCGAGUGCUACGGCUAUGAUAUCAUUAUUGAUGACAAGCUGAAGCCGUGGCUUAUUGAGGUAAAUGCCUCCCCUUCGCUCACCUCCAGCACUGCGAAUGACCGCAUUCUGAAAUACAAUCUCAUCAAUGACACACUGAACAUCAUUGCCCCGAAUGGUGAGAUCCCAGACUGCAGAUGGAACCGCACCCCGCCUAAAGAGGCUCUUGGCAAUUACCAAGUCCUUUAUGACGAAGAGCAGGCUAUGAGUGAGAAUGCAGAUCGUGACCUCCGGAGUCGCUCGGGUCAGUCACUCGGGUCAAAGAGCACAAAAUCUGGCAGUGCGCGUCCAGUCACAGCCACCUGGAAGUAAGACCACAAUCCUAACCACAUAGUUGACUUUUAUUUCCUCCCCAUAAAGCAGAGAUGGGCUGUGGGAACAUGAAAGCUUUGAGUGAGAAAUAUGAGAGAAUUUACCUGCACAUUCCUGCAUGAUGUUACAGUGAAGACCAAGAGAGACAGAAGAGUCCCUUUUGUUGCAUGAGGAAAUUUUAGGAUUUUUGACAAUUUUUCACAAUUGAAAAGAAAGUGAGAAGGAAAACAUCAACCAAAAAAAGGACUGAUUAAGUGAUAGAAGGUGGGAAAAAUCAGGAAAAAAUGUCCUUACUUAUGGACACUUACACUUUCACAUAAAACUAGUUAACUGUCAAGGAAACAGUGUUUCUUGGUAUUUUGUAUGAAAUGUCAGUCACUUUUUUAUGUCACUUAUUUAUUGUUUAUGCAAUAUACUUUAAAAAUAGAUACUGAUAUUUAUGGAAAAGCUUCUUCAGUAUUGCGUCUUCUGUGUAAGAAGACAGAAGAGAAACGUUGCAGAACAUGAUGUAAAAUCUGACCACAUUUGUUCAAUCAGGCCAGUAAUGCAACAUCCUUUAAAGAUGAAGUGCUCGGCCUGAAGAUGGUUUUGAGACUGUGGAGGAGGAGAUGGAAUAAACUGUCCAAAAUGUCUCUGCUCGGUGUCUUGGCUUAUUUAACAAUGUCACAUUAACAGCUGUGCCACUCAGUCAUCAGUUAUGGUGACCUAUUGAAAUAGUUAUAAAACUAACACAUAAAGUGUGAACAUGAUCUGCACUAGACCCAAACAAGUUACUUGUGUUUGUCACUUUGUUUAAGCUUAAAGAUGUAUAAAGUGCUUAGGGCGGGCGUAGUGACAUUGUUUCAAAAUAAUGUUGGUGGACACUUAUGGCGGGCAUAGUGACAUUGUUUCACUGCGUGGGAUCAAACUAAAAUGGCCUGAGUGCAGCAUCCAUGAUGUCACUAUUAGCUUUGAAUGACACGCAUAGCUAUUAGACAAGCCUGAUUUUAAUUAGGAGACAGAGAGAGGGUGACAAACGUUACACACCAACUGCUGCUCUUUUCGACACCUCCCUGCUCUGCUGCACCUGUUUUUAUUUAAAACUAACAUGACUUCCUCAAA